GGUUGGCAAAUCUAGCCAUUGUGUGUGAAUGGCAAAAUAAAAAGUGGAGCCAAAAAUUAUAUAUUCUCUGCCAUGCCGCCUGUCUAUGCUUAGCUUGAGCCUCAAACCACUGAAUACGCACUGAACCUCUUCAGCAGACCCUGCAGCCAACAAAUCACAUGCAGAUCCUCUACACUUAUAGUCCCAACAACAACGUGGUGGAUGAGUACAACGAUUUCGAUGUUCCGCCACCGGCAAAGAAGAUGAUAAUUGGCUCCUGCUCGAUGUUUGUGAUAUUCUCAUACCUGAAGCUUCUGUACAUACUCGUGGCCAUCUACCUGGCCCUCCAUCACGCUCACCACUAA